UUCGAUAGACAGUGUAAAGACCUGUACAUUUCCAAUAAUAUCUUCCAGGUUUAGAAAUAUUAAAUAGAUCUAGAAGUAUUUGUUAAAGAUGUAUAUGUCGAAAAGUGUCCUCUUAAUCCUAAGCUUCUAUAUUCAUGCUGUAUACAGUCAAUCAGAGUCUCAAUGUAAUCUUGAAAAUAUGCAAGACUGCUGUACUGCUGAAGCCAAGUUGAAUGCGAAACGUUAUACUCAAACUGAUACUCAAGGAGCUGACUUCCAACAACUAAUGAAUUAUUACAGAGAUUUAUGUCAGUAUCAAACAUUAAAUGAACAAGCAGCAUAUAUUCAACAACAGUAUGACAAACUUUCCAAUGUAAACUUAAAAGAAAUGUUUACAACAACAACAAGACGUCCACUAGUAAAAGCUACACCGAAACCCAUGAUGGCGCCUUCCAAACCACGGCGUCCUUAAUCGCAUUCAAAUCAUCGUAUACACACAUAAGUGAACAACAAUAUGACUGUUGUAUUCUUUAGUCAAGUAGACAUAUAUAUAUAUAUAUAUAAGUAGUAAAUAUACAACUUUUUUUAAAUGAAA